AUGGCGGUGAGGGCAUCAGUGGCUUCAGGCAGGCUUCUGCAAGGUAUCCGCAAGUGGUACUACGGCCUGUGCGGUUUCAAUAAGAUUGGUUUAAUGUAUGACGACACGAUAUACGAGGACGAUGACGUGAAGGAGGCCGUGCGGAGGCUCCCGGAGAACCUCUACAACGACCGCAUCUUCCGUAUCAAGAGAGCUCUGGAUUUGACCAUGAAGCAUCAGAUCCUCCCCAAAGAGCAGUGGACGAAAUAUGAGGAGGAUGUGCAGUACCUGACGCCAUACCUGACAGAGGUGAUCCGCGAAAGGAAAGAAAGAGAAGAGUGGAUGAAGAAGUGA